CUGGAAAAGUUGGUGUAGUGGUUUCUGGCCGGGAGGAGGGGAAGGCAGGGGAGCCAUGCUUCGUUCCUUCAGCUACCUGACUGACCACGCUGGCUUCUGUGGUACCAUCAAAAACUCCCCGAGUGACUUCGUAGUGACAGAAAUCGAGGUGCCUGAACACUUAUUUAGCGAUACCCGGGCUGAAUCGCCUCAGAAAACCGGUGAAGAGCCGCUAGAACAAAGCAGCCCAUGCCUGCAGCCCCCCAAAAAGCUGAGAACGGAGCCUCCCGGUCGGUGUGCCGAGGGCCGCGGUGGUGCAGCCAGUCCUUCUGAGCGUGGCCCAAGCCGGGAAGGAGGCGACUGUUUUCCACCCCCUAACAAUAAACAGCGUGAGGAUGAACCCGAACUGAAGUCAGGCCUCGAGGAAGCCAGUAUAUUGGAUUCCUUACUAGGUGAACCCUUGAGUGAGCUGCUUUAUAAAUUUGCUGGUGAUCUGAAGGAUGCGUGGGACUUGGAAAAUGAUGCCGAUGCUGGCACUAGGGAGUUCUCGCUGGGGCCUGUACUGGACAAGAAAAAUCGAGCUGAUUUACACAGUGCCGUUAGGCAGAAAUUCCCCUUUCUAGUCACUGUUACAAAAGGCAAUGAAAUGAUUGUAAAAGGAAACGCUGAUUACAGAGAACUUUGUCAGUUAGUGACUGAAAAGGAAACAAGUGAUUUCUUUAAAUUUUUAGAUGCAAAGCUAGAAAAUUCUACAUUUUCUUUUGAGCCUGAUGGAGACAAAGAGCACAGAAAGGUAGUUCACCACUUUAUCAAUAGAAGAUUUGGGAAACUGUUAGAAACAAAGUCUUUUGCUGUGACAGAUGUCAAUGAUCAGCCAAAUAUGUCAAUAAUGGUACGAUUUCGAGAGAAAAGUUGGUCCAGAAAAAGGUCUGCUGGUGGUUUCCAGGAAAAACGAGAUCUUUACACAGCUUUCACCCUUCAGAAAGAAAAUCUAGAAACACUAGAAGCAAUUGGCUUCUUGGCUGCUGAACUUGGUGUUCUUCCUUCAGACUUCAGUUACACUGGCAUCAAAGAUAAGAAGGCUAUCACUUACCAACCUAUGGUUGUGAAGAAGGUGACUCCUGAGAGGUUGAAAGAAAUUGGAAGCAAAAUGGAAAAAAAGGGCAUGAGAAUACACAACAUACAUUCAGCAUGCCAGCACCUUAGACUUGGUCAGCUGAAGGGCAAUCACUUUGAUAUAGUUGUGAGAGAUCUCAAACACCACAGUCAUGACUCUUCUGCAGAUUUGAAAGAGAGAAUAUCUGAAGCAAUGGAAAAUGUUGAGACAAAAGGUUUUGUAAAUUACUACGGACCUCAGCGAUUUGGACAAGGACAAAAUGUUCAGACAGAUCAAAUAGGAUUGGCUUUACUGAAUGAAAAAAUGGUGAAAGCUGUGAAGUUAUUCUUCACACCCGAAGAUACUGAUGACCCUGUAAACAAUGCAAAAAGAUACUUUCUUCAAACGGAAGAUGCAAAGGGCGCACUCAUGAUGCUGCCAGAAUUUAAAGUGAGAGAGAAGAUGUUGCUACGAGCUUUAAAUCGCUAUGGUGUAAAUCAUGAAGGUUGUACCAAAGGAUGGCUCAAUAUUCCUCAUUCCAUGCGCAUAUUCUAUGUCCAUGCUUAUUGCAGUAAAAUUUGGAAUGAAGCAGCUUCAUAUAGGCUGAAGAUUUAUGGCUCAAAAGUUGUUGAGGGAGAUCUUGUCUUCUCAGAAGAAAAUGAUGAAAACGCUUCCCUGAAUGACAAGGUUCAUGUAGUCACUGCUCCAGAAGAGUCAGCUAACAAAUACUCUAUAAACCAAGUGGUUCUUCCAAUGGUGGGCCAUAGCAUCAAGUAUCCCAGUAAUAAAGUUGGGCAAUGGUACCAUGAAAGGCUUUCUAAGGAUGAGCUGCAGAUGUGCAAAUUCAGAGUGUCUCCAUUACAGCUGAAUAUACCUGGAUGCUACAGACCCAUUCUGAAAAAUGUUCAAAAUCUGUCAUAUUUUUUGGAAGGUAGUGAAAAAGGAAUCCAAACUGAAGACAACCAUCUGAAUGAAUCAAAAGUCUCGCUUCAUGUAUCGUUUGACCUUGAUCCUUCGUGUUAUGCAACAGUCUGUCUGAGAGAAAUAAUGAAAUGUGACUUUUAAGAUUCCAGUUAAUGAAAGAUUGCAGGAAUAUUAUACAAUGGUGAUAUUUUAUGUAUAAUGCCAAGAAAAUAAGGGAGAAUGACAGUUUCAAGCCAGGAAUAGGAAAAAUUUGUAGAUUGAGAUUCAUACUGAUUAGGAAAAAACCCACCAACAUCCUUUGGAAUGUUGCAAAAAUAUUCCAAACUCUAAAUGCAAACCCUCGGAUGCAUUGGAGUAAGACUGUGUUAUGCCAGGCAGGUCUAACAGAACUGAA